AUGCCCAGCCCCGGGCCGCGGGACUGCCGGCCGCUCCCUCUUUCGGGGGGCGCCGGGAUCCAGCCCCAGCGCUCCAGCCGCUCUCCAGGGCCCGCGUCCCCCGCCCUGCCGCCUGGCUCUGCAAAUCCAGGCCCACCCCGCGCGCCCGGACGCCUCGCGUCCUCCUUUUCCGUGGAGGCCAUCCUGGCCAGACCUGACCCCCGCGCGCCUACCACCUCCCCGCUGUCAGUCUCCGCUGGCGCCCACGGGGGCCUCUGGAACGUGCCCUCCAGGCCUCCCGCCCAGGCUCUGCCCGGGGCGUGCCCGCCGACGCGGCUGCCCGCCUGCCUGAGCGCGGGGCUGCACCAGCCGUGCCCCCAGCCCCCUGCGCUGCGGCCCCUCGCCUCCCACUUCUGCGGCCUCCAGGGUCUCAGCGUCACAGGCUUGGAGCUGGUUCACUGCCUAGGCCUCUGGGAUCCUCAAGACUGGGCCCAAGCUCAGGACCUUCAGGACACUGAGAGAUCCCAAAAGAGGAUUCGAACCAUGUUUAAUUUGGAGCAGCUGGAAGAACUGGAGAAAGUGUUUGCAAAGCAGCACAAUAUAGUGGGGAAGAAGAGAGCUCAGCUGGCAGCCCAGCUCAAGCUUACAGAGAACCAGGUGAGGGUCUGGUUCCAAAACCGAAGGGUCAAAUAUCAGAAGCAGCAAAAGCUGAAAUUGCCAGCUACAUCUGCCGUGGCUGCCUCCCCAGAUGAGCCCUCCAGCAGCUCUGACACCAGCAUCCAGAGAGAAGACGCCGAGUCAGGAGUGGACAGCUGAGGACUGCAACAAAGGCUCAGUCCAAGCUGGGCUAGUUCUUCCUGGAAGCACCCAUCGGACCUCCUUGUUUCAAUUCUUAAUGAAGAGCUUGUCAGGUCAAAGGGCACCAGGAGAAUCUGAACUGUAAAGCAGGAGCCCUCUUUUUCUGUAUCGACCCCUGGGAGCUGUAAUAAUGCAAAUAGUCACAGGUACAGACUUUGGCCUUCAGCUAUGUCCUUGGCCAAGUUACUGAAUUUCUGAAGGUUUCCCCCCCACUGGUAGAAUGGGUAUGUUGAUAACUUUGACCUCCCAGGGCUGAGAUGAUGUCUGUAAAACACUUAAGAGUGUGCCAGGCUCAGCACUAAGUGUGCAGUUAGUACCAAGGCUUAUAGGUCUCCUUCACCUGUGGGAGUAUUACCUCAGCCCCCGCCUCUCCAGAGAGUAAUCUUUGCCUGACCUGGCUGUAGAGGAGAGAGGGCCUCCCUGAAUCAGCAGCUGGGCAUUGCAGACUCUUCCCCACUGGAAAUGGUAGAAUUGAGAGCGAAGAAGGAAGGGUAGACCAUUUAGCCCACUUCCUCUCACAGAAUUUCCUGAAGGUUUUUAGUUUCGUCUGAACUGCUACCACUCAUAGAAGGAACUCAGGCCCUGCUGCCCCUUGGAGCAGACACGCUAUCCUGAACACCAUCUUUUUCCCUCUAGCUACUCGACUUGACCCCCUAGCCAUCUUUAUAUCGAGUAGAGAGAUUUAACUGCGGCUUUGCCAAAACUGGCAUUUUACCAUAAAUUCUGCUGUAUUAUUACCCCAACCCCUUCACAACCAGUUCUCAUGGCUUCCAUUCCUUCCCGGGAACCACUCCGUUUCUCUCCAAUAAGUGUAUAUUAUAGCCUCCCCUUGUGAAGUCCGCCACCAACAUUUCCAGAGCUAAUUUCUCUAGCACUUCACAUUUCCUGGCGGGCCUCUGUUGAGGGUAUUCCCUUAGAAUACAGUAUGACUUCUGGGUGUUGAGAUGAGCUGGUGGAAGGAGGUGUGCCCUGCCACCUGGUGGUGAGAGAGAGCACGGUCCACGCUGCUCUUCAGAGUUCUUGAGGGAGGGAGAAAAGGUAGGGAGCAGCGGUCCUUGGAAAACUAUCUGUCCCUGAGGCAGUGGACCAUCGUCUCAAGGAUACCAGGCUGCAGCUGGAGGGAAGGGGGAGGCCACGGCCCAGCUUCAAGAGCCUUCUGUUCCUGUCUUCCAGGAAAUCCUUCCUAAAGCUGGAUCCAGUCAACU